AAAAAAGAAAUAUAUAAAUAUCUUUUUGAAGAACAUGAGGAGUACAACUACACAAGAAGAAGAAGCAUCAUCCUCCAUUGUUGAGGCACCAAAACGAAGCUUCUACAGACAACGUCAUGAGACAACAAAACGCACAAGAAUCAUAAGAAUCAUAGGAAGAAGCUUGUUAUGUGUAAUCAUCUUUUUGAGUGUUGCAAUUAUCACAUGUUGGCUUGUUGUUUUCCCCAGAACCCCACGUCUCAUGGUGGAAACUAGCAAAGUGACAGCCCAUGGUUCAACUAAUAGAAAGCUCAAUGCAACCAUUGUUUUCUAUAUCAAAAGCUACAACCCUAAUAAAAAAGCCUCCAUUUACAUGGAUUCUAUGAAGAUGAUAGUCAAGGAUUAUAUGGGCCUACCAUUUCACUCCGCCAUCCCCACCUUCACGUUGAUGCCUCGAAACGAGACGGUCUUCAACUCAACCGUUCGUGUAAACUUGAUAUACCCAUUUGGGCGCCCGGUGCAUUCGGACUGGAUACAUCUAGAGCUUCGCUUCUCUGCUAAAGUUAGUUACAUUGUGAACAGAUGGAAGUCGAAACCUCGAUUGCUGGAGAUCUAUUGUGAUCACCUUUGGCUGAAGAUUAAUGAUUCUACACCUAAUUUUGAUAGAACCAAAUGCAAAGUGGAUAUUUAAGGAGAUUUGUUCUAGGUGUGUUAUUGAUCUUGUUUAAGAAGAUGUGUUAUUCAUGCUGAAUAAUUCCAAAAGAUUUGUAAUUGAAAUAUUCAUUUCCUUUAGGUUUAAUUGCACCUUUGUUUAUCAA